CGCCAGUCGCCAGUCGCCCACAUAAAACGCGUUUUGUUGAACUCAGUCCGCCUCAAGCCGUCGCGAGGCGCUGUACUCGCCACGUACUCAUAGUAAACACAAUUUGAAACAUAUACCCCAAGCACUGCGACCAGGACCACUCCUCACAAACAUAUUGUGACAGCGCACCGCAUGGCUGACGAAGCCGUGUCUGACUGUCUGUUCGAGCGGCUGCGUCUUCAUCAGCAACGAGCACCAGACGCCACGGAAGCUGGCCGCUCCAUCACCGCUCGCAUCAACUCCAGGCUCACUUCUCAUGACAAACACGUCCGCCAAAGCACGCUCGAGAAACUAUGGAACAAACAAACAGGCGCAAUUCAAAUGCUGCUGACGAUUUUGGAGAACUCGAGAGAUUCGGCAACAGCUACAUACAUUACUUCAAUAUUAAGAGAAUCAAUAUGUUUAAAACAAGGAAAAGGAAAAAAAUGUUCAGUUAUCACUGAUACAUCAAAGAAGAAAGAAACAAAAAAGGCAGGAAAAGAAAACAAAGCUCCAGUAGCUACGAAGGCAAACAACUUAUUGAGACAACAAUGUGCGGUGGAGUUGAUUGCUAUGAAAGGGACACAAGGCAUUGUGCGAAGAGUGACGAUGUGUGUACAUGAAUACCGCGACCGUCACUCCGCCUCAGAGGUUCUUCUUCAACAUCUACUGUGGAUACUGUCUCCUUUGGCCUCUCGAGAUCCGAAAUUCGCGAUGAAAAUGCGAAUGUUGGGAUGCGUGAGGACAAUGCAUUUAGUUCUGAAAGGACAUUUUACAGACAAUAAAUUAAUCUUUCCACUGUUGGUUAUUAUGAAACAGCUCGCUAAGAAUCCUGUAACAACAACAAUUUUGAUCAGAGAUGGCGUUAUCGCGACCUACGAGAGAGUGUUAGUGAGUCUGGGCUUCAUACCGACCGCUAGACUGCGGUUGUGUCUAGACGCUAUCGAUUACUUCAGUAAAAACAGGAUAUGCUGUAUGCAGAUCGUGAAAACGGGACUCUGUGGAGUUUUGCUGAGAGUGUUCGACCGCUGGGACCGCUACGAAGGACGCAUGAGACUAAAGAUUUGUGCACAUAUACUACAGACAUUACAACACCUAUGUAAUACAAGAGCUGGCAGAAGGUCGUUAUGUACUAAGAAAUAUGUGCAAAUCUUACACAGAUUUUGCUCUCAAUGCCCAGACGAGCCAGAAUUCGAUGGACUGUUAGCCCGGGUGUGCUCUGUUAUCACAUUGUGCCUCAAGCAUCAAGCUCUACCGGUUCCAGUAACUAGUCCAGCUUCAUUUAAUCUAAAUCCGAUUUUAAAAGGCACCAAUGCUACAUGGCCGUGUCAUGAAGAUGAUGAGGAUGCAGCUAACUCCGACGGGAAACCUGUUAUGUCGGAUCUGGAUGAAGAUAGCCCCGAUACUGACCUCGAAGGUGCUGAUGACUAUCCUGACACAGAUUUCGACGAGAGUGACAUAAAGCCUGACACAAGUGAUGAAGGAACGAAAAUACAAAAAAAGAGCGGAGAUAGUUUACAAACUUCUCUGUGGAUAAGCCCCAAUGAGAGAGAUAUUGAAGACUUGAAAAAAUACUUUGUUUAUUUUAAAGAAUUUGGUUCCUACAAUAAGCAAGUGAAGUUGGUGAAGAGUCGAUCCAACUCCCGUGGUUCAAUACUCGAGGACUUUAUCACAACACAAUCACCAAACAGAUAUAUGACAACGCCACAUCUCUCGCUAUCUACGAGUUUUGGGCCUGAUUUUGAGAACUUUACCGGAACUUCGCAAGUACCACCGUUCAUGCAAGGUUCCUUUAGCAAAAUGCAUGAAAGUUCCCCAACAAACUCGUAUUCCUGUCUGAAAAUUCAUAAAGACAUCUCGAGACACGGCUCCUUCCCCUUCGUUUACAGUACGAUAGCGUCCAGGGUCAGAAGUGUAAUCCCGUUUGUGAAAGUUGCGUAUCCUGACAUGAUGGGAGGACAGGGAUCGGGACACCCGGAGCCGCUGAAUGAGAUGGAGAGAACUGCCUGUAGGAAUAAAUUGUUGUCUUGUGUAGAUAGAGCAAUUAAUCCUGAGGGAUAUAUGAAUGAAGUAGUCUACGAUUUAGACAGUCUAGUAGGAUCCGUCACAAACGAUGCAUCGCCUCCAAAAAGUUCAAGCGCUGAGGGUGUGUUCCUCACCAACACGGACGAGCAGGAAGUAACAAAACUUAAUAAUUUUUCAACUCGGCUUAGUUUUGAAUCGAGAUUUGAAUCUGGAAAUUUAAGGAAGGCCAUUCAGAUAGGUCCAAGAGAGUACGAGCUGAUUCUGAUGCCAGAUGUCAAUUCGCCAAAGCGCCACCAGUGGUUCUACUUCGAAGUGAAGCACAUGCAGCAAGGACGCCCGUACAUAUUCAACAUCGUGAAUUGUGAGAAAUCUGAUAGCCAGUUUAACUUCGGCAUGAAGCCUGUUAUGUAUUCCGUGAAAGAAGCAGUUCUCGGAAGGCCCGGAUGGGUUCGAGCUGGCUCCGACAUCUGCUACUACCGCAACAGCUACUUCUACGCCAAUCUGAAGAGCCAGAAUAAGUGCUACCUCACUGUCACCUUCAACAUCAACUUCCCGCACACCAACGACGUCUGCUACUUGGCCUACCACUUUCCGUUCACGUAUUCAAUGAUGCUGACAAGAAUAUGGCAAUGGAGUUCGGUACUUCCUCCUGGGACUUACCUCAGAAGCGAACCCCUCUGCUACUCUCUCAAUAACAACGAAGUCCCUCUCCUCACCAUAUCAUCAGAAGACUCUCAAACGAAUCCAAUCGCUGAUCGGGAAAUAAUAUUUUUAACGGCUCGAGUUCAUCCUGGCGAGAGCAACGCCUCCUGGGUGAUGGACGGCACCCUCGGUUGCCUGUUGGCGAGUUCAGCUUCUGCCUCGCUGCUGAGGUCGAAGUAUGUGUUCAAGAUUGUGCCCAUGCUGAACGUCGAAGGAGUGAUCAACGGGUGCCAUCGAUGCGGCCUAACUAAUGAAGAUUUAAACCGACGCUGGUGCAAGCCGAGCCCUGUAUUGCAUCCUUCUAUCUACCACACAAAGGGCCUAAUAGAAUACUUGGUGCGAGUGUGGAAGAAGCCGCCGCUCGUGUAUUGCGACUUCCACGGGCACUCCAGGAAGAAAAACGUGUUUUUCUACGGUUGCGCGGGCGCAGAGAGCUGGUGCAGCACCGACAGGAUGGGACUGGACGAACCUGUCAAAUAUCUUAUGCUUCCGGCGCUGAUGCACCGGAUAUCGCCGGCAUUCGCACUCGGCUCAUGCUCAUUCCGAAUAGAGAGGGAGCGAGAGAGUACAGCACGUGUCACGGUGUGGAGACACCUGGGAGUGACUCGCUCCUACACUAUGGAAGCAUCCUUCUGUGGCUUUGAUAGAGGACCGUAUAAGGGUUUUCAUCUCAACACGCUUCAUCUGCAGAACGUUGGAAGCGAUUUUUGUGAAGCCCUUAACGGCUUAAGCGACACGGCAAGUAACGUCGACAUCCAACUUACGAAGGACUUGAACGGUGAAGUGGCGAUCGACAGCGAGCCGGGCUCUGGGUCAGACAGCGUACUGAAGACAGAUUCCGACGAAGACUUUGACUAAAUCACCGGAUGUUAGUCCUUAGAUGAAACAUCUCUCAUUGAACUUACCAAAUAGAAACGAAUUCAGCAUCACUGCAAACCAUUACUAUAACUGCUAUGUCCAAACGUUUAGUUAAAAUUAGUAAAAUUGCAUCACGUAUUGAUAAUAAUUUACAUUUUAAUUUUAAAUGAUAUUUAUUAUGUGCGUGUCGACUUACCGCAGUGUUCAAUAAGGACAGAAAUGUUCAUAUUGAUUAUUUGAUGUCCAUUAAUUUAUCUUAAGGAUUGAAAAUUAAUUUAUAAUAUUGUAAUGUAGUCUGUUAUUGAUGUUGGUAUGUUGUAAAAUUAUUUGUAUCUAAUGGCUUGUGAUCUCAGUAAUAAAGUAUGAAAGCUCAAA